AUGACCUCUGUGAAUCUGAAAUCUGCAAUUCUCUUUCCUUUGCUGAUUGCCAUAGGAAGCCUGGGUAAUUUCUCAUUUUUGUGUUAUUCUAUCUUCCUGUACUUCAGUAACAGCAGGUCCAGGUCUACAGAUUUGAUUCUCAGACACUUAACUGUGGCCAACCUUUUGUUCCUUCUCUCCAGAGGAAUCCCAGAGAUUAUGGCAGCACUUGGAAUGGAAGACUUCCUUAAUAAUGUGGAAUGCAAAUUGGUUUUCUAUGUGCUAAUGGUGGGUAAGGGUGUGUCUUUCAGCACGACCUGCUUACUCAGUAUGGUCCAGGCCAUCUCCCUCAGCCCCAGGAGCUCCAAAUGGGCAGCGGUGAAGGCGAGAGCCUUAAAGUACAUUGGGCCUUGUACUAACCUUUUAUGGUUCCUGCACAUGUUGUUAAACUUCAGAGUUCCUAUGCUUGUGAGUGGUAAAUGGAGAAGAAGAAACAUGACAAACAUUAUAGAUUAUCAGUACUGUUCAGCUCUAAUUUCUAGCAAAGCCCAAAACUCCAUUUUCACAGCACUUUCAUUAUCACAUGACAUUUUGUGUUUGAAACUUAUGAUCUGGAGCAGUGGCUCCAUGGUUUUGAUUCUGUAUAGGCACAAUCAGCGAACACAGCAUAUUCAUAAACACCAUAUCUCAUCAAGAUCUUCGCCAGAGACCAGAGCUUCUCAAAGCAUCAUCUGCCUGGUUUGUGCUUUUGCAUCCACCUAUAUCCUGUCUUCUGUAACAUAUGUUUGGUUUUCUGUUUAUGAUAAAAGUGCUUGGUGGCUGGUUAAAAUUUCUUUCUUAACCAAUGCUUGUUUCCCUACUGUUAGUCCCUUCAUUCUCUUGACUCGCGAACAGUGUUUAUGCCGACCCAUGUGGAAGAGGUGA